UGGGUGUUGCGCAAACGCACGCGAUUGGCUAGAUUUCGAGUUAGGAGUCGAUACGGACGAUUCUAUUGGUGGAGAGUCGCGGUGGGCUGGAUUUAGGAUCGGGUCUGUGAACAAAUGGAGCUCGGUACGCGUGUACGGCUCGAGAUCAGACGGAGAAAGAGACAGAGAGGACCGGCAGCGAGACUCGGUACGUUAUUGGCUCAUCGGCUUCAGAUCUCUGCCUACAUCCCACCGGACAGUGCGGAUUGUAACACCGCAGGAGUAAACAAACAUCUAAUCCAAGGAGAUCAGCGCAAGUUCAUCCCGAAACAAGCGGAAUACUGAAGUGGCUCGCGAGUCCGAUGGAGCGGCACGCCGACACGCGCAGCUGCACCGGUGCCGAAGCGCGCGCCCGCUGUCCAGAUCUGCUGCACCCUGACCACUGCAUGCAUCUGUACAUCCAGUCCACCACCGGCACCCAGUUUGAGCUCGCCGUGCCCUCAGAGGAGACGGUGGAGGGACUGAAGAGGAGACUUUCCCAAAAACUGCGAGUACCCAGAGACAGACUGGCACUUCUGCACAAAGACACGAGACUGAGUUCGGGUCGGCUCCAGGAUUUUGGGGUCACAGACCGAAGUAAGUUGACUCUGGUGCCAUCGGUGGAGGCAGGAUUAAUGUCUCAGGCAUCUAGACCGGAGCAGUCCAUCAUGCAGGCACUUGAGAGUCUAACAGAAACUCAGGUCAGUGACUUCCUGUCUGGCCGCUCACCGCUCACGCUUGCCCUGCGAGUCGGGGAUCACAUGAUGUUUGUGCAGCUGCAGUUGGCCGCCCAGCACUCGAGCACUCAGCAGUGUGCUGCCCGAGAUCCUUCGGGAACGACCGGUACACCCACCGUGUCCUGCGGGGGCAAUAGUGGGCACCCUCAUAUCACACCCGCUGUGCACAACCAGAGGUCGUCGGCCAUGCACCACCAAGCUCACCGGGCUAAUCAUGGUCAGCAUGCUCACUUGUCAACUCCAUCUAGUCCUACACUCUCUCCAAGCUCUGUGCGUUAUCCUGACCUGGCUACUAGUGCUUGUAACCCUGGCCCCAGAGCUGCCUCGCCUUACCAACAGGGCGACUGUGGGACUCAGAGUUUCAGUGGGAGCUCCAGCUCAUGGCCUAGUCAUAAGCCGGGUGCAGUGAUCGAGAGCUUCGUUAAUCACGCCCCUGGGGUUUUCUCCGGGACCUUCUCAGGCACUUUGCACCCAAAUUGCCAGGACAACAGCGGCCGUCCACGCCGUGACAUCAGCACCAUCCUGCAGAUCCUUAACGACCUCCUGAGUGCCACACGUCACUACCAAGGCACACCGUCCGCCCUGGCCCAGCUCCGAUGUCAUGCCCAAAGCCCCGUGUCUCCUCGGGCAACACCGCCGGCUUCACCAUGCCUGCCCCCUUCACCCACCGCUAUGGAACUCCCAUCAGCGACAUUCUCACCAUCCUUACCUACCUCAGACAGACCAGUUCUUAGCCACACCCGGAUGACUAAACUGACUGGUGAACCAUCCAGGCAGACUGAAAACAGGGCGACACGCUGUAAGGUGGAGCGUCUGCAGUUGUUGCUCCAGCAGCGCAGACUCCGGAGACGGGUGCGGCGAGAGCCACGCGCUCCCUACCACUGGCUGAGCGAUCGCAAAGCAACAAGGAGCCACAGCAACAGCAGCCUGAGCAGCGACAGCUCCAUCGAUCUCGACUACGAUGAGACGCUCUGGAAAAACGAAGUCCAAGCUGACAUGGCAUCAGAGUUCGUCGUGGCCUGAAAAGGACGAAGAGAUUAAAUACAGCUGAAAGAAAUUGUGAUUCUGAUGGGGGGGAAAGGAGCAUGCCUGGCAUUGGUGUAAUGCUGAAAUUCAUGGCACUCAGAUGGUUUGUUUUGACGACAAACAAGCAGUAAAAUUGGACUAGGAGGAGUUUAAAAAACAAGCAUGAAUUCUCUGAGCUCUGGAAAAGUCGACACUGGUUCAUACACAGUCAUUAGUUUCGGACACUAUUACACUUGCUCACUGGACAGUCUUAAUGUUAAUGGUGGUGGUUUGAUGUUCAAAAAUGCGUCAUGUAGCAGUACAAAGCAAGAAUUCAGGUGUUUGUCUCCAGUUGAUUUCAUUUUGCACACUUCCUGACCUGUGAGCAUUAACAUUUUUUUAAUUGCUUGAAAGUCUUGGUCAGAAUGACCCCAAGAACUUAAAAGCUGACAAAUUUAAAGCAUUUAUUACAGACACUUUGUUCUCUUGUUUUUAUUUAUACCUGGAGCCACCAUUUAUUCAUUCUGUGUACUGGACUGUUUUCUGUGUUUCUGUAUCUGCUGGUUAAAGUAUUAAGGUCAUAUCACAGUGCCUCUGUUUACCACGUACGUCAUUGAACUGAAGUGUCAGAAAAUCAUGUCUGGAUAUUUUUUUGCUGCUACGAAGGAAGAGCAGAAAAGACUCCUGCUGUUUAGGUUUUGGUUUCAUUUUAACUGAUCAAUUUUGGAAAGAUUUGGGAGUAGCAUGCUUCUAUUGCAAACAAUGUCCUUUUUAAAUUACGUCUGGCUCUGUAGCAUCAUCUUAGUUUGGAAAAAGGAGGUGGGAGUUUUUAUCUUCCCUGCAAUUUAAAUAUCCAUUUUGUUAAUAACUAGUAUAAUAAUAAUAAUAAUAAUAAUAAUAAUUAGUAUUAGAUAUCAAAACAAUAUUUUUAUUAAAACUAAAUUUAAGAGUGUACUUAAAAAUACAGAAAUGCAACUGUAACUUUGAAAUUGCUUAGAUUUUGGUAGUAUCAUGCUAUCAUUGCAUUUUUUUUUAUCUCCCCUGUAAUAAAACUAUUACAUUUAGACAAUGACAUUAUUGUGGUAAGAACAGGUCUUUGGCCAAACCUUUGUUUGUUUAUUCAUUAGCUUUUAAAUAUAGAGAACAUUAUUGGAUCGUGUCCACUAACAUUUACUCAUUUGGCAUUAUCUGUGAUACAACUACGUAUUAUAAAAUUUCUAUAAAACUAAAACUUGCAUGAGAUGACAUUAAUAUAGAACAAGGCUUUAUAAAUGUUUAUUGUAACAGUCCCUUUAACCAUCCCGUGGAAUAACCUGCACCCUUUUGACUGCUUAUCAGAUCAAUUUUUCUGAAAUUAGACUUACAUUGUGAUUAUGCAAAGUAAAUCCAAUCCAAUCAGACCGAGUAAAUGCUCUAGAGAGUCUCAAAGUUUUUCCUCUAAGUUUUUUUCCUCUUAACACAGCAGCAGACAUCUGCCCUGAUAAUCACAGCAAUCUGGACUGCAGUCAUCAAACCACAGUAGCUAAAUUUUCUGGAGGAUGAAAAGGAAAAAACAACAACAUGGCUGAUCCAGAUAAAACUAAAUAACAGACUAAAAUCUACAGAAGGUGUAAUUACAAAAAAUUUCAGUGUAAAAAUAGGGCUACUUUUCACUUAUACUUCGGUACAUUUGUUUUUAUGCCACAUCUUCUGUAGGAAAUUGGCUUUAAAUGGCUUUCUUUUAGGCAUAUAGUGCACUAUAUAAUUUGUGGAGUGCCAUUAUACUGGUCUAUACAGUAUGUAGUGAACAGGAUUUCUUAUUAAAACAGCAGAUUGAUUAAAUGAGAAGCUACAUUAGUCUGAAUAUUCAAAAUGCCCAAUUCUUUAAUGAGUUUUUCUUGAGUUUUAAAAGAUCUUAGCAAAUCUUUGCUGCGAUGUAUCUUAAAAUUCACAGAAACGCAGUAAAAAGGUGCAGGCCCUGAAAACUGAAGGUGUAACUUGCUUGUUUUCUCAAGCACAUACAUAUAAGAUUAAAAAAGAAACUGGUAUUAGGCAAGUGCGCCUGAACAAUGUCCCUAAGAUGAAAGGAACAAAGACAUUUGUCACCUGUCCAGUCAACCUCUCGUGAUAGAAAAUAAUGGGGAGUCUGUUCUGUUCUGUUUUUUUUAAACCUGAUUUAACGACUGUCAAGUGUCUCUGAGCUUUUGUUCCCUGUUCAUGUGUCUUGCAUCAUAAAAACUGUAUGUAAACCUGUCUGUAAACCUGUACAAAUGUACGAAAGAAACGAAACAAUUUUACAAUGUCAAAUGUCUCAGCACCAAGUUCCCUCUUCGGUUAGCAGGAUGCAUGAAAUAUAAUUAAUGUUAGAUUGAACUGAUUGCGUAGUAAAUUAGGAAAUAUGUGUUCGGUUGAGAUGUUGCUUUUAAGGCUGAUGCUGUGCCAGUUUUCAUUCAUGCUGCAUUUUCAUUGUCUUGUGAACUCACAGGUAAGGAGCCUCCGCUUGUGUAGCACAUUUUUUAUAACCGUUUUAAUUUAUAAAGCCGAUUUGGUAACUGUGAAAAAAUUAUCUUUGACAUUUGGUUUUGUGUGUUUUAUCCCCUUAUUUCUAAAAAUAAAAACUGGUAUUGUAAUAAAUAAAAAUACAACUGAUUUUUGUUCAUAAGCAAUACAUUUCAAUGUGGCUUGCUGUAAAUUUUUUUCUUUUGGUUGGUUGGUUUUUAGGUAAUAAAUUUAAAACAAAUUUAAUGAUGAA